UUUUCUCUCCCAACGUCAAGAAGACGUUUGCAACAAUGCUGAAGAUAUUUCCAAUUCUAGCCAUCCUUACAGGCCCUGCCAGCAGUGUUGUGGUGACCGUCCCCGAGAAGAUAGUGAAUGUCACUACAGGUGGAAACGCAACCCUCCUCUGUACAUACACGAGUUCUGAACCGCUGGGAGAUUUCUUUAUUCAAUGGAGCUUUUACAGUGCCAAAGAGAGCCAACUUCAUACCCAUUCCCCGUGUCACGGUAUUCUGAGUAUGGAUGAAAAGUCAGUCAAUCAAUGUCAAAAGAUGGUGUAUGUGACAGAUGCACGGGGAAGAUGUAGCUGGAGAUACAAGAUCUAUUAUUAUUCAGAAGGCCAGUCUUACUCCUAUGGAGAGUUUAAGAACAGGGUAACAGCUGCAACAGGUCCAGGGAAUGCAUCAAUAACAAUCUCCAACAUGCAGCCCUCUGACACUGGUUCCUACACCUGUGAAGUCUUCAGCCCACAGGGUGAUGCUGGACAGAGCCAAAAAUCUGUGAUAGUCAAUGUGCUGGUCAAACCAUCAAAACCUUUCUGCAAAAUAGAAGGCAUGCCUGAAAAAGGCCAUCUAAUCUACCUCUUCUGCAAAUGUGAAGAAGGAUUGCCUCGCCCUACCUACCGCUGGUACAAAGUGGAUGGGGACACCCUCAAGCCUGUGACUGAACAACCUAAUCCAAACACUGGCAUUCUUUACAUUGGCAACCUCACCACCUUCGAAACUGGGUAUUACCAGUGCAUAGCCAGCAACAUCCUGGGGAACAGCACCUGUGAGCUUGACCUAACUGCAAAGCACUCAGAUGGUGGUAUUGUUGCUGGAGCAUUAAUUGGAGCAAUUCUGGCAGCUGCUAUCAUUUGCAUUAUCGUCUGGGUCUUAACCAAGAAGGCAAAGAAUAAGAAGUCAUCAAGUAAUGAGAUGCAAGAAAUGACUCAGAAACAGCCCAAUGCAGAGUAUGUUCAGGUACCUAAUGAAGAAAACAUUCCUGUGACCACAGUUCCAUCAAGCAAUGCAACCAAUGAAUACCCUAGUGCUGAUGAAACAGCAGCCUCUGGGACACCUGACAAUGAUCAGAAGCAAGAAGUGGAAAAAGAAGAAAUAGCCUAGAGUUUAAUACAGUUUUUCUUGUCAGCUUCGGACCCCUUUAUACAAAAAUUGUUGUCACUGAACUAACAUAGAACCAUGACUAAAACUUAAAUGGGCAUUUGUAUUGUGAACUACUGGGCUAGAGUCUGAAAAAGGUCUGUUACACAUGCCCUUUGUGCAUAGAAGAUUUGGCCUCUAAAGUUAAUGACAUUUCAUUUAUUAUCUAGUUAUAAUUAUACAUAAUCUAAGCAUAGAAAAGCUAUCAUCCACAUGUAUCCAAUCUAUUUUGCAAAACUAAUUAGGAAACGGACUGAAGCAUUUGACAAAGUAAGAGCUUUUGAGUCAACUAUCUGUAAACCAGUAUGUGUCUACUCAGUUCUGAACCACAGCAGUUUUCUCCAGAAACAGUGUUGGCCAAACUCCUGUUCCUUGUGCACCCAGAACAAUCAUCAUGGCCAGUACAUUGCAGUCUUUAAAGGAUCUGAUUUUGCACAUCAGAAGUAAAAAGAAGUUUCAUCAGUGUCAUAAGAGUGCAGAAAUAGUUGUUAACACCUGGACCAAUGAAAUCUUGUGUGUCUGAAUUCCUACUAAAGCUAUUGUGUAGGUCCUGGAAACUUUAACCCUGUUGCUGCUAAGCUGGAAUACAUUCUGUUAACAGAGACCUUCUUGGCUUUAAAGUUCCCAAUGCACCAGCAUCCCAGU